AUGAAUUUCGGAGUGAUCUUCGUGUGUUUCUGCUACCUGCCACUCGUCAGCAGCGAGGUGAGUAAUUUAUUGUAUUUCCUUAAGAAAUAAGAAAGGAACACCUACCUGGUGAACUUCAGACUUGUGAUAAGUGUGUGAAAGCAAAUGAGGGAGAACACUCUGCAUAGGUGAUUAUCAGCAAUGUAUGUGUACAAAAGUGUUUAAUGCAGAUCAAGGAAACUAACUUCCUUUUACUUGAAAGAAAGCCUCAUUGGAAGAAAUCCUAUUUGCUAAGAAAUACGUUGUUGAAACCAAUGUUUAGGAUUACAGCAUUGCAGCACAAUCCUAUGCCUGUUUACCUGAAAGUUCCCACAAAUUCAAUGUGAUAUAUGCCUCAGCAGAUGUGAAUUAAAUUGCAGCCUUAAUCUAAUCAGUAGCCAAACAGAAAGUGUAUUAUUGAAGGAGGCUUGUGGGUUUCAUUCCAUGCAAACUUUUAAUUACUUGAGCAACCUGCUUGAAAAAGUAACUUGCUCUUCACUGCCUUCCCUUUGGUGUUUAGGUUUUGUAGAGUCCUGAUUAUGCAGACCAAAUCUUCAGAUUAUCCAGUUCAUUCUAUGUCCCAACACUGAUAUUACCAUGUAAGAUAACACACAUUUAUAAAUACUUAUCAUUGUUCCAAUGUUUUGAUAGCCCCUCCAAUAGUUUUAGGGAGUAAGAGUUCUUAUUUGCAGUGCACUGUACCAACCCCUCGGCCUUGGUGGCUCAUGAAUUGGCAUCUUAGGGAUUUUUACAGGCUCCUCAAAGGUAAAGCAGCUCUUCCACAAAGAAACGAUAUCAGAUUGCCCCAGAGGAUCAGUGAGAUAGGCCUUUGAUGAAAUCAGGCAUUUCUACCUGGGAAUUCUGCCCAGGUACCUGCUGCUGCAAUGAGGGUGGGAAAGUCUCUGGUAGUUUAUAGGAGUCUGCAGAAUAUUAUCAUACUGCCUGGGGGAGUCAGACUGAAUUGGAAAGUGCAGAGAAUUUCUCUCUCUCCCAGGAUAAGAGGUCAGACCAAAGGGAGUUGGAUAUUGCAGUUUUGGCUGGCAGCUGAAUUCCAACUGGCGUUUACUAGCGGAGGGCACGGUUUUCCAGCUGUUCCAAGUUGGAAACUGCCGCAGGAGGGAUCCUGUAUCAGUUCCAAAGAAAUGCCCAAGAGGAAAGAGAGGGAAUGCAGAGACUUGAGCUAGGGAGCGGUUCUUAAAGGGCCCGUGCUGCUUUAUUUCAUUUUCACUUUGAAGAGACGCCUACCAGACCUACAUUCCAUGCGCUGGACACUGCAGAACAAACACCAGAUUUACACCAGGUGGGACCCCAAGUCCUUUGUUUUGAGGGCCACUCCCUGGAGGUGGUGUAUGGCUCAUUUAUCACUGGUUAGUUACCUCUCACAACCCUGACAGCUCAAGAGAGAAAAGGGGUUCGAUUUUCUCAACAGUUUCACCCUCCGGGAUAAAUGGCAAAGUGAGGUUUCCGGUUGUGAAUACAAAAGAACCCGGCGCGGUAAAAUAUUCCAGGUUAAUGAAUGCAGGGCACAAGGCUGCUGUGAUCUCAAGCAUGCGCUCGUUAGUCAACCUACCGAGGUAACUUAAGGUCCUUGUUUUAGCGAGCAUGUGCAGAGUAACAUAUCCAGAGGGGUCUGGAAACACGCAGCAGGUUGUUAGGGGAAUGCAUCGCUUGCCGGGAGGCAGGACUGCUUCGAUCUGGAGUCAGAGAAGGAAAAGAGCAGGAACUCGGAGCAGGGGGCGUCCUAAUCCUGCAGUCAUGUUAUUUGCAGAGGAAGCCGGAGCAUGGCACAGGCAAGCAUCAGCAAACUCGACGCGGUUCCACGCCGCCCUUUCCAAAUAGGAAGCAGGAAAAGGGGGGUGUCAAAGGGGUUAGGGGGGUCAUACCAAGGCUUAAUUUGUGCCAAAGCUCACCAGCUGAGGAAGGCAGCGCCUGAGAGCUUCAAAAAAAACAAAAAAAAAAACCCCACACCAGAAAACAAAAGCAGCUCUGAGCAUGGGCAGAGUUGCCUUCCCCCCUAAGCCACCACGGCGCGCCUCUUCGUUUCAGGGCUGCAGCCUCGACUUCCCACCCCAGAUGGGCUUGGCUUAUCAGCGCCGCUCAUUUUAUAUUUUAAGUAAAUAACAUUAAGUGCCUGCUCCUCUCGAGGGGGGGAGGAGUGUGGCGUUUGGGAGCCAAGGCUUGGGAAGCAGCCAAGCCUCAGGUUGUUGUGCCCACAAACCUGCGCGAAGAAUUCUGCUUUUGUUCUCUCUGGGAGAGCGCGCGAGGGAGGGAGGGAGGAGGAGGAGGCGCGUCAUGCGCUCCCCCCCCCCCGCCGUCCGGGCCUGCCAAUCCCGCCCCGAGGGGGUCGCGAGAAGAAGGGGGAUCAGGAGCGCGCGCCCGCCCCCCCCUCCCCGGGCGCAGCGCCCGCCGGCAGCUCACCUUUGUCUGAGGAGGGCGGCCCGCGCCCCGCUCCUGCUACGCCAGGCUCCUUUUCGCUUUCCCGACCCAAAGCAACACGCCGCGGGAGGGGAAGGGCUUUCCCUGCACGGGGAGGUCUUCGCAAGGCAACGGUAGCCGGGGCGGCCCGUGUGUCCUGCACGCUCCUUGCUCUCCCGCUGUCCUCGGCUCGAAGGCGUUUUGUUGCCUGAGGCCAAUGGGGCUGGUGCUAUCCUGAGUCCAGCUAGGCCUUUUGCACAGACCUCACAGGAGCGCAGUACUGACCUUUGGAGGUGCACGGUUUUAUACAUUUUGGUUUGCAUCUUGUAAGUUGCGAAUAAUAUCUGACUUUUCUAUUUUGACAUCUCCUUGUGACAUUGCAGUUAGCAUUUUCUGGGGGGUUUACGUGUGGAAGUGGUUAGGCUUGCCCGGCAAUUGCCUGAGGUGGCACAGCAAAGUGACACAAAUAGGCACCCGUAUUAUACUCAAGAAGGGGAAAUGCCCCAACAGCAUUUCUUAGGAUAAAGCAAGCAAGCAAUAAUAACUAACUACCGUAUUUUUCGCUCUAUAAUACGCACCCGACCAUAACACGCACAUAGUUUUUAGAGGAGGAAAACAAUAAAAAAAAUAUUCUAAACGAAACAGUGGAUGUAUGAUUUUUGUGGUUCAUGCUGUGGCCACAGACAUGUGAUCUGACAGUGAGUUUGAGGUAGCCCAAUGCAAAAAUCCUGAGGAUCCAUGUGGAUCCAUGCUUUGUAACCACAUUUUUGCACCACUGCGGCCCCAGGCAACAGUGGGUGCAUGAUUUUUUUGGUGCAAGCUGUAGUCAUGGACAUGCUAUGUGAUCUGAUGGUGAAUUUGGGGUGACCCAGUGCAAAAAUCCAGAGGAUCCAUGUGGAUCCGUGCUUUGUAACCACGUUUUAAGUGGGGAGGGAAGGACAAGCACUCAAGGGACAAGCAACACGUGUGGGGUGGAUGGAGAAGGAUGCUGUUAAUAAUGCAGAAGAGGGGUAUAAGAGGAGAAGCAAGCAGGCUCUGCUUCUCUCCCUCCUCCCCGGCUGAAAAACUUUGCUGCUAUUUAGCCAGCUGAGUGGGGAGGAGAGAGGGACAGAGAGCCUGCUUGCUUUAAAGGAGCCAACCGGACAGGAGCCGCUUACACUCGUGUAAGCGGCUCUUCUCCUCUCCCGCUUUGCUCCUUUAAAGCAAGCAGGCUCUCUGUCCCUCUCUCCUCCCCACUCAGCGGCUCUUCUCCUGCUUUGCUGUUUCAAAGUGAGCCACGGAGGAGGGAAGGAAGGGGAACCAUGGAUCCUCUGCUCACGACUGCAGCAGAUCCCCCCGCCAUCCGUAGGCAUUCGCUCCAUAACACGCACAGACAUUUCCCCUUACUUUCUAGGAGGAAAAAAGUGAGUGUUAUGGUGCAAAAAAUACGGUAUUUCCUUCCUUUUCAUGACACCAAAAAGGUAGAGUCCUCUGUGGAAUGGUAGGGGUGAGCCUGCCUCUCCUUGCUCUCCUGCUGCUUGUGGGUGUGUUCGUUUUUGCUUUUCAGGCCGAUCUGGGUGGUUUUUAGUUCUUUCCCUACCCCACCAAAGAAGCUCCAGCACUCCAACAGUGUCAUGGAAGAAAUUCAACUGGUGAAGCUUUUCUCAGCUUGAAAGUGCGGGGGUAGGAAAAGGUCCUACCUGGCAAGAUGGUUUUGCCUGCGGUGCAUCUGCAAAAAUAAAUGGAGGCCAGUACUGGAGAGAGUUGGGUUUGGAUUUGAGAAGGUUUGAGCUCAAAUUUGAGAAGGUCUAAGUUAAGUUCCCGUUGAGCCAUUAUGUUCUUUUAAGUGACCUUGGGCUAGUCAGUAUUUAUCCUCGUCACAAAGUAGCAGCAAGGGUGAACUCCAUGUAUCCUGGCUUGAACUCCAGUGAGGAAGGAUGGUAUAUUAAUAAGUCAAUCUUCACACACCUACACAGUGCUUCAGCAUUAUUGCACUGGUAUAGUUAUACCUGUAACUCCAGGGAAGUAUCCCUGCAAUAAGAGUGGCUUCAAGUUUACAGCCCCAACCUACACCAUCUCUUUGUACACCCAUUAUAAACAUUUGUUUAGUGCACUAUAUUUUAUUUUGUUGUAAUUACAUUCUUAAAAAUGAUAUAAUAUACUACACCAAAAUUGCAAGUCUAGCCACACUUAGAAAGGAAAGAGCUCCAUUGGGUUCCAUGGCAUAGGAUUGGGUUUUAAGCUACCUUAUUUUCUUCGUUAGAAUGUUAGCUUUCCUUUGUAUCCUACCGAUGAAGAGAUGAUGUAAUUUAGAAAAUUCUAUAGUACAGGCAACAACCAAUUUAUGCACCCGAACCUGGAAGUGACUUUAAAAAUGGCCCUAAAAGAGUCCCAAAAGGGCACGAAAACAGCACCUAGCAAUCCCACCCCAGGAGCCCUUGCACCAAUUGUUGAGACCUGGGGAGAGUUGGUGUUUGAGCAAGGAGGUUUGGAGGGAGCGAUUGUGGUGAAAUUUGGUGUCUGAUAAGUGCUACUGGUUUUUUUAAGGGGUUUUCAAGGGUUUCUAGAAGUUUAGAGGGUGCUUGCAGGUUUCCCCCCGUGGUGUUUCAAAUAUACGCAAUUUCACUUAAACGUGCGGUGCCUCGGAACGUAACUCCUGCGUAAAUGGCCUUUAUACUUUUUUUCUCAAACCAUGCAGAGAUCCGCUUCUCUGGCUUGGGGCUAGUCUGCUGUAAACCAGGCUACAUCUUGCAGUCUACUUUCAUCUCAGGUUAUAGAUAUCAAAGUGCAUGACAUGUACAUGUUGCAUUAUCAGUGAACUAUGGUGGAUAUAAAUUCUCCUUUAAAAAAAUGUGAGCUGAGGCCAGUUCCUAUUGCAUAUAUUCCAAAGAGUUCUGUAUCUGAAUACAAACAUAAUAAGUGCUAUUCAUUUAUUUGCUUUAUAGGUUGGUAUCUAAGUAAAAUGUCCAGGUUAGUUAAUGGCAAGAGAUAAUUUGUCCCACUGUGGCUAAAGAGUAAUGGGAAGAGUAAACCUUUCACAUGUUGCCUCCCCUUUUUAUGUCAGUACAUAUACUACUAUUGUUUACAAUCAGUGUGUGAACCAUUCAUUAAGCUUCAUGGCUAUUCCAGUCCUAUUCAAGCAAACAUGUAUGAACUGACAAAACACCUGCAAGCGAACAUCAUGAAUAUAUUGUUUUUAAGCAUCCAAAAGUAUGCAGGAUGGUUAAUGAAGGCAAGUAAAGGCACAGUCUCUGCCCCUGAGGAGCAUACAGUUGUCAUUGAAACAUGGUAUAGCAAUGAAUACACCAACAGAAUGGGGUCUGCUGUGGAGCAGAUUAAGUCUUUCUGAGAUAUCAUCAGUACACCAUUGACACUGUAAGCUUGCAUACUGUGAUGUACACUCACUUCAAGGGUUCACCUAAAUUAAGGCGAGACAUGGAUCUCUGAGCAACCCAUAGACAUGCCUGCAGGUAAUCUUCAGGGAGAACACAUUUGCUCACAUGCACAAAUUGUGGUCUCCUUUAGAGGAAGAUGUGGGAUAUAAAUUUAAUAAAACAAUUUGUACACAAGUCAACUUCUUGGAGCAGAGAUAGGCACAGUUGCUUCAAUCAUAUGACAAGAGCUCAAAUAUGUUCAGAUCUGUUUCACAUUAUUUCCAAAUGCACAAUUUAUAUAUACAUGAUCUAGUAUUGGUUUGGCCACCACCUUAUCUGAAUGACUCAAAAGCUGUCCUCUCAAUUAAACAAAGGGCAGCCUUCCGCAACUUGGUGUCCUCUAAGUUGUUGGACAAUGACUCCCAUUAUCCCUGACCUUUGCCAUGCUCUCUAGGGCUGAUGAGAGCAGGAGUCCAACAAAAUAUGUAGGGCACCAGGUUAGCUCCAUCUACACGGUAAAGUUGGGUUGCUGCCUCAUAGACUUACUUGGAGAAGCCCAUGAAGUGAACUUGCACAGAACCAAGUGCGUGCUGCAGGCCCCAUUCCCUUGCUGUCCUCAUCUGGAGCGUUACUAUCACAGAACAACUUUACAUUACUUCAGCCUCUCUGCAUGUCCUGCAAUCUACCACACUUCUUUUGCAAGCUGUCCUUCCGACAGUGGUAGUCACUGGGGCAACACAUUGGUUGUAGAGCCCCAACACAGCAUCUCUCCUUUCCCAAUGUAGCCCAAUUCCCAGCCAUUCACUAAUCAGCCAAUUAUUUCUGUGGCACCUUAGCCACCCACAUUCCCUACUUUUUUAUUUGACUCAGUGCUCUGCUGGGAAUAGUGGGGUAAAUAAUAUUUUUCAGCCUGAAGGCCACAUUUUCUCAUGGGCAAUCUUAUUGGAGGUGCAUGUCAGUGGUGGCUGGGGCAACACUCUGGGCAGCUUCGAACAUCAUAAAAACACAGCAAAACAUUGAGCAUUAAAAACUUCCCCAUACAGAAAUGUCUUUGGAGAGUUGUGUAGUUGUUUAUCUGUUUGCAUUUGAUGUGAGGGCAUUGCCUGGGUUGGGUGCCACUACUGAGAAGGCCCUCUGCCUAGUUUCCUCUGACUCUUAGCUCUGUACAGUAGGCUACAGUCCAGUCAUGCAAAAGUCAGAGGUAUCUGCAUGUACAACUCCUCAUCCAGGCAAGCAGGGGGCAUGAUUACAGUUCAAAGACACAUUCCAGCCAAGCAAAAGAACUGGAGGAAGGUGCAGUGAAAGGCUAGUGAAAGGUGUGGUCAAAUAGCAAGGUCUGGAGGGCUGCAGUUGACCCCAGGCCCAAGGUUCCCCACCCCUGGUGUCCUGGGACUAGGUCUGUGCCAACUCAGUGUUGUUCAGUUUUGGAUGUUUUCCUCCACUCCCUUGCACUGGGCUCAAUAAAUCCUAAGAACACACCCUGUUUUUGCAUCUAUGGCACAAACAGCAACUGACAAUCCUGCAAAGAUAGGAGGGGAUGCAAAAAUCUUUAGAAUUUACCCAGUGACUCCUCAGUAGGAGUCUGUUGGGAUAGAUUCAAGUGAGGUAGUGGAUGUGGGAAAGCCCCUAUCUUUAAAACUCCCACCAAAGUGAUACAAAUCCUCCUUCUUCAUUAGAGUCAGCCCCCAUGUGAUGGAAAGGGAGUGAGUGGGUGUGAAGCCUUCCUUCCCCUAGCUGUCCCAUUGUUAUCUGGGCCAUAAAGGGAAGCGGUUGGAGAUGUGGGCUGCACUGCGGUUGUAUAGACGCAGCCGGUUGUAUUUCUUCCCAAAGCAGUAAACAUUUGUCUUUCCUUGAUGGAUCAUGUAAUCUAGGAUUGAAAGGAAACGUGUCCCCGUGCCAUUUGGCCCAAUCCUACUUGGCGUACUCAUCCCCCGGCACGUACAGGCACAUGCUCGCACAUACGCAUUGUCACUUGGAUCUGGAAUUAGGUUGCAGAAAUUCCAUCCCCUGACAAGACAUGUAUCCCCUUGCAGAGGACAGCACCUGCCUGCUAGGAAAUCCCUGUAUGCUAGAGGAGCAGACAAAGUACCAGAGCAAUUAAGAGUGUGUGAAGGUUGCUCAGAUGAGGCGGCACCCGAAACAGCAAAGCAGAGUGUACGUGUGUCUUCCUCUGUCUUCCUCUCCAUCAGCUGAUGUGUGGGACUAGGAGAGAAUGACGUUUCUAGGACUCACCAAAAGGGGGAAAUCCCUCCAGUUUGCAUUUAUCUGAAGACCUGCCAUUGUAUGAAGGAUAGCUGGGAGUAAAGGUCCUCUGGUCAUCUUGGUUGGUGAGGACCGAGGGUUAAAAUGUCAAAGGUGAACCAAGAGAGAAAGAAAAUCCAAACGAAAGAAUUCUUAUUUUACAAGGCCAUUGUUAAAAUGGCAUUUCUCUAUUCAUGAAGAACAGACUUCUUCAGAGAGAGGAUUUCACUGACAUAUGAAAGGGAGAUCGUUUGCCAGGUUCGCAGAGGUGACCACCCAUUGCUGGGUGCGGCAACAGAAGGGUUAAAAGGCAUUUUCCCCAAAUGCGGAAGCCAUGGCCUUUGGGGGUUAAGUCAUCUUGUGUAUCUCUUGCUAGGUUCUGCUGGGACUCGUUGAUGUUACUCCAUGCUGAGGAAUGUCACGGUGCUUCCCCACCACCACCCCAAGCACAAUUUUGAGAAAUAACAUCUUCAAAAAAAGUUAAAAAGCUGCUUUGCUCUUCCAGUCCUCCAGGUGUGCAGAAUGCACCCCACCCUGGUAUAGCACAGAGCUGCAGCAGUUAAUCACUUGUAAGGCACAGGUUUCCAAAAGCUCGGCUGGGACCUUGUGGGUGGGCUGUCAGGUUGGCAAAAGUGAGGGUAUCAACCUGGCAUUGCCUGGAUCACGUUUUCCAGAUUGGCAGUUUAGGGUUCCCCCUCCCCCUCUCUUCACGCUAUCAUUUUGUUUCCUAUGAGGAAAGUAAAUCUUUUGGCUUAAACAGAAUCCACACCUUUCCAAAAUAUAGCAGGAAGAUAUAGUAGCUCAAGGGACAGGUUGAACUGCAAAGUUGGGAGCUUGGAUCUGUUUAGAGGUGAACUAAAAUGCCAUAAGGGAGGAGAGGAGCCAAUGCCAAGAGGGCAUGUAUGGCUUUUGUCUCUCUUUCAGUUCCUUAAUGAGGUGGGCCAGGAGGAGUUCCUUGAAUUGCUCUUAUUUCAUGGAACAAAAGAAACAAACUGGGAGCAAGGGAAGGUGUUAGAGGUUUUCCCUGCAGUUUGCAAACCAGAAGGCGUCCUUUUCAAUCUCAUCUUCCAUGACACUGGCCUGACACUCUAGAUACUCAGAAUGACUUUUCAAAUAAAACGGAACGCAGAAAUGCAUGUGGUGUUCCUCUCUGAGCCUUGAGAAGUUCUUCCUUCUGGUACCACCCCCAGACUCCAGUUUCACAAUCUUUGUUUCCUUGGGGCCAUGAUGUCAGGAUGAAAUAUAUUUCCGGCCAGAACCUCAGAAUAACCACGAGGAACUACUGAACUGUAAUGGGGCUGCUAUGGGGAACGUUGUAGAGCUGCAUAGCUCAUGCCUGCCUUUUUUCAUGGGAACUUCCCAGGACUUUGCAGCACUCCCACAUUCAUAUGGAUUUGGCAAAAAGGUGUGGCUCCUAAGCCUUCCCUUGAUCACAGUCUAUUAUAUCAUGCCUGCAGGGUACUAAACUGGCUGCCUUUUCCAUUCCUACCUUCACAGACUUCAUUAUAUAUGGUCCAUGACACUAAAAAUGUCAGGGGGGGGGGAAUGAUUCUGUGCUGGCCCUACUGUUUGACAGAAUGAAGCAGCUGCCUUGGGCAGCUGAUUUCGGAUGUCAUGAAAAGGCAGCAAAUUUAAUUUAUUAUUGGUGUAUUUUACUGCCAGGAAGGGAGAUGCUUGGAAGAUUUUCUGCCUUGAGUGCCAAAAUAUUUUGGGUGGCCUUGGGUACUAGUUACCUUGGGGGGGGGGGACUACUCUUAAGGCUAAAAGGCCAGUAGAUGUUGUAGAACAGAAGUGGUUGAAAUAAUCCAAAGCUAUGUGACUUUUUUAGACCUUGGGAAACCAAGAUAAUCUCUGAUUAUGAUUUUAGAUAGGACUGAAUUGCACAGAUUAGUUGGCAACAAAGAGGGAAGGAAAAUAGUCCAGAUUUGGAACUUAGCUGCUAAGCAGUCCAAAAGCGCAUGGCUCCAGAGUCCUCUUGAGAAACAGAGGGGAAUAUGCAAUGUGUCCCCUGUGAUUGGCAGUCAUUGCAAACUUUUGGAUUGACCUGGAUAAGGAUCAAUACUAAGAGUCUGGCCUGCUGUAAGGGCUGGUCUUGCCAUGAAGGAGCGUGAAGUGAUCUACUUCUGGUAAGCACCAUUGUCAAGGGUUGCAGAGGCAAGGCAACAGCUCAGUGGUACAGCAUUUGUUUUGCAUGCAGAAGGUCUAAGGUUCAAUCCCAAACAGCUCCAGGUAGGACCAGGAAAAACACUUCAGAUGCACUCCUAAAACUUCCUGUGCCACUGUUCUCUUGUGCUAGGUGAGGUGAUGCAGGCGGCAGCAAGCACACGGUUGCUGAAUUUAAGCAGGCUGAUGAAUGGUGCUGGCAAUGGGAAAGCAGAAUGGCAGGCAUCAGGGCUGGCCAGUGUCUCUGGCAGGCUUCAAGGGAAACAGAUAUGCUUUGGGAGGGGGCAGUGAAUAGAAGGUGUGGGUCGGUGAAAGUAUAGGCAGCAUAAUCCUAGGCAGGCCCAUGGUUGUUGUUUUUUAAGAGAAGGAAAGAGGCAGAAGAGCUGGGGUCCAGAUCCAAAAGACCCAGUGCUCAGCCUCCCUGAGCCACCCGCUGACAACACCCCCAAUGCAGACUUUAUAAUAUUUUAAAGUCUGAAUUUGGAGUGUUGUUAGGGGGUGGCUUAGGGAGGCCAAGCACUGUGGUGGAAGGGAGAGGGAGAAAGGAGAGAUAGAUGAAGGCGGGAACUGGUGUCCAAAUGGUGCAGUAAGACUUUUCAAAGUGUUGCCUUCAGCAUGGCUUGGGGGCAUGUGGGCUUUGCUUCAGACAGCAGAAUGGCUUGGACCAGCACUGCCUGAUGCUCUAAGCAGGGCAGCAGAACAGAAACCCUCUUUCAAGACUUCAUCCCUGGCUCAAAUGCUCAGAUCAAGAAGUUUAUUGCAGGGACUACCUUGGGUUGUAGAAUGCACGCUCCCCAUCUGGUUCCUGGCAUUGUCUUCCGCCCAGCCCAGCCCUCACAAGCAAAGUCCAUGAGCCGCUGUUGAAAAAGUGUGUGUGUGUGUGCUCUUGUACUGGCUGUGUGGCUGCUGCCUUGUGACUAGCGACCAUAAUAAGGCUGUGCCUGCCAGUACAUACUGUCCACUGGGGAAACCGUAAGAAGGGAAGGCAAGGCAGACAAAGAGAUAUAAAAAUCGCUGGGCUGGGAAUUUGCAGCCUUGCAGCAAUGCAAGGCCAGCCCUGAGGCACUUGAUAGCCAGCCAGGCAAGAGUCUUCUUUGAUCCACAGAGCAGUUAAAAGGAGAUCAUUAACCUGUUCUGGGCAUAUACCUUUCCAAAAGCAGAGAAGAAAGUAACUCCAGCUAUCCUGAUUGGCUCAUAGACAGGCUCUGCCUCCUUGUUGCCAUUCCACCUUUCUCCCAGCUAAUUCACAGACUCAUGUGCAUGAGUGGAUUGUUCAUUGUUUGCACUGGGCACCUUUCCUUAUCAGGCUUAUGAAUGUCUGCUUGUCUGGAACCUGUAUGUAUAAUUGCCUGCCCACAGUGCCUCUUCUAAACUGGGCUCUGUGUCAUCAGCUUACUGGGACAGUUUGAAAUAAACCAGUUUCCUGUUGAUAAGUGUAGAAAGCAGUAAAAGAAGCGCCUUAAUUCACACAUGGAGCCCUUCUGUGCAGACGCACACCCUUGCAGCCCAAUCCGAAGCAUGUUUACUGGGAAAGUACACCUGAGCUCAAUGGUACUUUUUGCUAAACAAGUGUUCAUAGAACUUCAGCCUUCAGAACUGAUCCAAAGAGAGAAUAAAGAGUCUUUGUGGCCCAAGCCCCUCUGUGAGACAGAGGAUAAUGUACUUUACAAGCUGGGUGUGUUGACAUGCUUUGGUCCUACUGAUAACAUCUCUGACAAGAAAAACUUGGCACCUAAACCCACCUCUCUGAACAGGGAGUGGAGCUCUAAUUCAUGUAAUCAGUUCUUUUGCAUGUUGGCCUCUCAUGAUCUUCUUUUGCAAUUCCUCCAGUAGAGCUUUGAUCCAUAAACAUCCAUCCAAUUUUCCUUCCUCCCCUGUUCUCACAGGAGCGUAUUGCACUUCUCAGUAGCCCUUCAGCAUUUGCUCAUGUCUCAGAGGUUCCUGAGUUUAAAAUAAAGUUCUAUAUUCCAUGUAUUAAGUAUCAGGAAGCGCCAGAGUCAUCCAAGUAAUGGCUCUAUUAAGUCACAACUGCUUUUCCUGGCAGGUGCAACACUUUCUACAUGUUUCUGUUUAUCUGUUUUCCCUGGUUAAGCACACCAAUACAGUUCUUGGGGUGUUGAGAGCAGGAUAUGCAGUAUUUCACCACGAUAUCACUCAUGCUAUUUCCCCCAGCUACUGAUUCCGGAGGGAGAUGUGUGUUCUCUGGACAUAUCUGCCCCACUGCCAACUGGCUUAACAGUUAUUCUCUUUCCCCUGGGGAAUCUUAGGAACUGUGGGCUUUUCUGCAGGACCAGAGAUUUCCUACAGAAAAUUCUCAGUACCUUACUCCCUGGGUUCUUUUGUGGGAAGCCAGGAUGGUUUAACUUGGUUGUAAGUGAGGGCUGGCUCUUCAUUGCCAUGAUCCUCCUGCAGAUAUAGAUAACACAAACAAACCCACAAAUAUGCAGCAAAUUGUCUGACUUACUAGCAUAAUCCAAAAAAUAGAUACAUGUUCAUUAUCUCCUCACCAUUACAAAGCUUCCUAGUCUUAGGGUCAAAAUAUCUCCUAAGUUGUUCAGGUGAUGGUUGUCCGCCAUCACCUUGUUUGUCAGCCUGCCAUGUACUUGUUGUUGUUUUGUGUGUGUGUGUGUGUGUGUGUGUGGUGUCAUUUUUCAUGGUUGUGUGGGGAUUUGAUCCCUGAUCUCCCAGGCCCUAGUUCAACACACUGCUAGGUAAAUAAAAGGUAAAUGACCCUUGGAUGGUUAAGUCCAGUCAAAGGCGACUAUGGGGUGCGAUGCUCAUCUCGCUUUUCAGGCCGAGGGAGCCGGUGUUUGUCCACAGGCAGCUUUCUGGGUCAUGUGGCCAGCAUGACUAAACUGCUUCUGGUGCAAUGGGACACUGCAGCAGAAACCAGAGCGCAUGGAAGCGUUGUUUACCUUCCCGCUGCAACAGUACCUAUUUAUCUACUUGCACUGGUGUGCUUUCAAACUGCUACACCACACUGGUCUUGAUAGUAUCUCAAUAGUACCUGAUCCUUUUUCAAGCUCAUUGCUUUUUUAAAAAGUUCCCUUUUCUGGAGCGUCUGCUGUCACUGUUGACCAAAAGACCCCUGAUCCCACUGAAAAGAGGGAAACCUCCCAUCCACCCUUCCAGCUAAUGUGAAGCCCUUAACAUAUUUCUGUUGCACCUUAAACCUGCAAAAUAGUGCAGUCUGCAUAACUCUGGUACAUAGAAGAAUAUGCAGUCUCAAAUGCUUGGCAAUCCAACCAUGACUUGAAUGUGGUCAGAAGUUGUCUGUGUCCAUGCGCGUGUGCAUGCUUGUGUAGCAUAGAAAAGUGUAAAGUUCAAUGUUUGUGAAAGACCCUGGGGUACUUUGCACAUGCAAAUAAGUGUUUGUUGAUCCAGGCUUGUUAUUUGGAAUACCGGUACUUCUGGUCUCUGUGAAGUUGGAACAGGUCUGUGAAGGAUCAUGCCUGAUAUACCUGAUUUCUGUUCUCUUCCAGACCUGAUGAUCAUACAGGCAAGCCAUGGGAAAGUAGUCUUGGGCUGGGAAUAUGGUUGUAUCCAAAUAAACACCAUACAAUUGUUGUAUUUCAUGAUUCUGUGGAGUUCAAUUUUGAACCGCAAAGUACUGUGCAAAAUCUGUUUAAUCCACAUGGUAUGUCCCUCCAGGCUGCAGCAACAAAUCCUUGCAAUUCACAUCCCAGUUCAACAGUUGUAGCACAAUCCCCCCCCCCCGCCCCGUCACAAAAGACAAUAGGGAGCACAAUGAGCCAUGAAGAAACAUUUAUGGAGCAGUAUUUUUCCUUAUUGUUUCUGCAGUUAGGCUUUAACUAGAGCUGAUGCAAUAUUAGGCAGCCAGGGUUGGGCUUUUAACUUUAGGGGGAUUAUAUAUCGAAAAGCGGGGGGGGGGGGGGACGACACACAGAUGACCCUAUCAUUUAAUAAAAGGUUGCAAUUAAUUUUCUGCAUAUUUUAAUGAAAAACUGUUACUUUGAUAGCGAAAAGGAAAGAGUGCAGUUCAAUGGAAAAGCACAGGCAUCUCGUGCAAAAGGUCUUGGGAUCAAGUCCCAAAAAGACACCUGUCUGAAACUUUGGAUAGCUGCUGCCAGUCAAUGUACAGACCUGAGCGAUUAAUGGUCUGGCUCUACAUCAGGAAAGUUUCUAUGGAUACAGAGGGUUAUAUCUGACUGAAUGAUAGCGUAGAAACACUGGGAUAAGCUAGUCAUAACAAAAAUCUAUUCAUUUCAAUGGGUCCACUCUGAAUAUGGCUUAAAUCAGAUACAACCCAGAGCGUUUUAUUUCACAAUGGCCACAAUCCACCAGUACAAGCCCUAACUGAAAUUAAUGGGACCCAGUGAAAAGCACUUCCAUGUUCUUGCAUAGCUCCUGUUCAUUUCAGUUUGAGCUUGUGCAGGAGAACCUCAUGGUGAAUUGUGUCCAGUGUAUUUGAAGAGGCUACAUGCGCACACAAAUGUUGGGGGAGGGACUGAAUUGCCCCCCAUUCAUCAUAACUUUACUUGUGUUUCAACUCACGGAUUCCAAAAGUCUGCCCUGGAGAUUUUUGUGUGCUUAUGUGUGUGUAACAACAUCUUGGCAAACACUUGGCACAAUUGUAGCUGAAUACUGGAUCGAUGUAGGUAAUCUCUCCUUGAAAACCUAGAUCAAUUACCCGUGUCCAUCCCCUGCUUAAUCUCCUUCUUGCCUAAUCCCUGCCGCAAAGUUACUGAAUACACAUAGUACAGAAUUAGCAUAUCUCAUGUUGGCCUCAUGCGGAUUUCCGUUUUGUGCUAUGUGAACUAUCUCAAGUUGUGAAUGUGACCCAUAUGCUUUUGGUGUCUGCCCCACACAUAACAUUUGUUCUACAGAACAUAUCUGUUCUAUAUGGAGAUCCAAUAUAUAGAAACACCUACAGGCUGCUGCAUGUGAGAAUAAUCGCCCAGUUCAUAUCUAAUGCUAAACCAAACUAUGGCUUAGCAUGAACAAACAAAAUGCAAGUUUCAAGGUCAAAGAUUGUGGCGACUGCACUCCUCCCGUGCUACAUUGAGCUAUGGUUUCAUUUGGUGUUACAAACCUGGGCAUCUGUUUUGUUCCUCCCAGGCAAACAAUGAGUGGCAAACCAAGAGCAAACCUUGGUUAUAAACUCAUGGUUUGUUUGAAGCAAAAAGAAGAAAUCAAGCUGUCAAAGAAAAGUCAACAUCCGUUUCUGCGCUUUAAGUUUUAACAGUUCUCAUAGCCUCCAUAUACUGGGUCAACACUAUAAAAUCAGCAAGGGUUGGAAAAAAGCACCUGGAGAACAUCUUCAAACAGUUAACUUGAUAGCAAGGGGGCGUAUAAUAAGGUUUUUCCUUUGAAAGACACUAGAAAGGUGUGCAUUAAGGCUGGAAAAUGGAACUUACAAGAGAGUAAGCAAGUGGACUUUCAUGCACAUGCAUAGGAUGGCACUGCAAAAAGCUUUUCCAGAUGAUUUGCCUGUUAACAGACUGCUCUUAAUUCACUGGCAUGUGAUUGUACAAGUCAUCAAGUGUCACACUGUAGAAAGAGAGGGAUUAUUUUCAUGGCUGCUGGACCCUCUGAAGUUUCUGAUUCCACCGUUUAGAACAAUCUUGUGCACAUUUUGUCUCGUCGUCCCUCUCUCUGUGAUACAUGUGAUACAUGUGAAGUAGCUGGUACAAAACUGGCACAUGGCACCUACAGUACCCUAACAGUUAUUCUCUCUCUUUCUCUUUAUUCUUUGGCAGGGAGACCCCAUCCCUGAAGAGAUAUAUGAAUUGCUGAGUGACAGCUCGUUGCGCUCCAUCAGAGACCUUCAGCAGGUCCUUCGGAUAGACUCCGUAGGUAAAUCUCCUCAACACUGAAUGCUUCUCUUCCUUAAACCCCAGUCAAAAGCAACAGUAAGACAAGAACAAAUGUAUCUAUCACCCAACAAGAUGCCACUGUGGGCACUCACUCCAGAUAAGAAAUACGUUGUGUUGUAAAAUAUUGUUUUGUAUACAAAUAAGGGCAUUCAGAUCAAGCCAUCCUGCUCACAUCUGUUGUGGCCACAGUCUGAGCCCCUUCCCAUGCCCACCAAAUGCAUGAGGGCGAAUGGACUGCAAAAUGUGUCAGUGAAUAGGAGGACAAGACUAUCCCAUGCAUCUUCCCAAUUCCUGCUCACAUUUUUUCCCCAGUGUGUCUGUGGAUCAUUUACACUACCUUAAUUUAAGACUGCUAACUCCGUCUGGGUUGCUGAAUCCCUUUCCACACAGCUCACAAAGUGAGGGUGUGGCAACUUAUCCACAGGACAGUUGCAUACCCUGCUUAUAUCUCUGUCCUGGGCAUCUGAUCUAUGCACAGUGGAUCUCCUAGGAAAUGUGCACGAUGGAAACAACAAAAAUGGGGGACAUAGGAAGCUGGCUUAUGACUCAGGCCAUUAGUCCAUCUAGCUCAGCAUUGUAUACACUGAUUGGCAGUGGCUCCCAGGGUUUCAGGCAGGAGGAUCUCCUAUUUGGAGUUGCUGGGGAUUGAAUUUGGGAGCUUCUGCAUGCAAGGCAGAUUCUCUACCACUGAGGUACAGCCCUUCCCCUAAGGUUGGGUGCAUGGGCCAAAAAAUGGAAAGGUUGAGUGUAUGGGCAAAUAAAUGACUGGGAUCAUAGUCUUACCUUCCAUGCAACUGAUCCAGAAACUGGAUCCUACUUGUCCAUCAUCUCAAGCGGUGAAAGAAAUAAAACAGGAAAACAUGUGUGGCCCUUUCAUAGAGCCAUGCAUUCCUCCAGUCCAGAGCCACAAGUGAGGAUGAGCUGCAGCCCCCUUGAAAUAGUGGCAGGAAUGUAAUUCUACCAGCUGGAAGUCCUGCAGGAAGCCUGGGAACUCUAGGAAGAUUAUGCUAGUUGCAGCACAAUCUAUAUGGAAAGCAGAAGAGGAGACAGCUCCACUGCUGGCAGACAAGUCUGAGCAGGAGGUGGAACCGGACCUAGGGCGCUAUGGGAUAUAUGCCCUUUUCAGCCCAUUAUAUCUCAUGUACAAUGUAUUAUGUGAGAUGGCUACAUGCCCAAGGUACUCCAAGUGUAUGAGAGGUGGGGAGUGGGGACCCAUCACAGCUCCCUCCCACAUGUGCACUUGGCAGUAAAAAUGCAUGAAGCUCUCACAUAUGUUUGGUGCCAAUGCAGCGUACCUGUAAAUUAUGUAAUGUUUGAAGCUGCCCUUUGCUAAAGGAUUAGCACAGUUGCAAAAAAUAAAAAAGGAAAGAAAGAAAGAAAACUCCUCUGGGAACUUACUUUGCAUGAUGACUGUAUACAUGGAAAUAUUGUGGCAUGUAACAGCAGAGGAGUCCUGGCUCCUAGCUGCUGAACUCUUCUCUUCCUCCCCCCUCCUUCUGUUUUCUGAGAAACUUUAGCUCAACAGUAUUCACUAGGAAUUGCCAAAGGCAAAUCUAGAUGAAGGAAACGUUUAAUAGGGCGGCAAGUGUAAUAAAACAUACCUCUCUUAGAGAUAAACAUUUUGAAACACAGCUUAACAUGUAACCUAUUGAAUAAAAUAUGGCUCAUGCAGACUUAACAAAUAUAGCUGUUGCUAUGUGGCUCUUUUGAACAAACGCCACACUGAUGCCACCUCCACCCGGCAUGCUCUCUCUUUCUUUCUUUCUUUCUUUCUUUCUUUCUUUCUUUCUUUCUUUCUUUCUUUCUUUUCAUUGCCUGUCUCCUUCUCUUCCAUGCCUUCAUAGCUGCUGUAGGAGAGCAGCCAAGAGCAUGAGCUGUGAGCCAAGAAAUCUUAAAUUUAAAAUUAGCCUCAGCUGUGGACUUGCUAGAAGGGCCUUAGGAAACCCAAGUAUUUUGCAGAAUGUAAGAAGAGCCUAUUGGAUCAGGCCACUGACCCAUCUAGUCUAGCAACCAGUGGCCAGCCAAUGCCUGUGGGAAGCCCACAAACAAAAGCCAAGUGCAAGAGCCCUCACCCACUCCUGCAGUUUCCAGCAACUGCUCCUAAUCACGAUCACAUCCAGACCACACAUUUAAAGCAAAAGGCUUUCCCCAAAGAACCCCGGGAACUGUACUGUACCCCUCACACAGCUGCAAUUUCCAGCACCCCAACAAAGUACAGUUCCCAUGAUUCUUUGGGGGAAGCCAUGUGCUUUAUAUGCAUGGUGCGGAUUUGAUCUGCUUCACUUUUCUAAUCAGUAAUCUGUGAAUAAUAAAGUUGGGCUUCCACAAAAGGUGGUUGCUGGGAUUAAUGAAGUGCUAUCUGGCGUACAGGCAGGGAAGGCUGCAGUUCUAAGCACUCUUAUGUGGAGGGGAGAGCCCUACUGAACUCGGAGGCAUUCACUUCUGAAUAAGUUUGUUGUCUUAACCUCACUUAUCUGGGAGCAAGUCCCAUUGAAUUAUGUUAAGUCUUGGUUAGUAUAGCUCCACAUGCAUUAUGAUUACUUUCAAUUCUGCAUAAGUAGGCACCGCUCUUAGGUCAAAAUGCAUUUAAGGCUACCGUUGUUUAAACCUGGACCCACACGCAAGCUGGGAUGUGACUGCAAGGGUGUGGCAGACGUGAAGUGGAUACAGGAGGUACAAAGGAACAUUAAGAAAUACCCUCAAGGCUCAGCUAGCUAAUGAAUAGCUCUGUUUUUAUUUUUAACAAGAUUUCUCCUUUCCCUCCAGAAUUAUUAUUAGCACUUAAAAACAACAACAACAACAACAACACACACACACACACACACACACACACACACACAAACAAACAAACCCCACACUGUGUUUCUUUUAGAUUAGGGCAAAGGUCUCCAGGAGUCUGGGAACUACAUCAGUUUCUUCACUAGAAAAAUCUAUAGCCUUCCAUGAUUCAUAGUGCAGUUGGAGCUGCCCUGUCUCAUUUUUAGAAUUCUGCUCUUUUCUCCCCUGUGGAAAGAAGAAAUGAGCAACAUAAGGCAGCUGGAAGGGAGCAGAUUUGCUGCUUUAUCAUGGUGCCUGGAUAAUGGAUUUUUUUUCUGGCUUUGUGGUGGGGCUCUGGGGAUACCUGCCCACAUGACUGAGGUCACCCAGCAGCGGCCGGACUGAGGAGGUUUUUGGCACGUGCAGGAAUGUGAGCACACGUCAUGGCCACCGGGUUGGCCCUGGAAUGUAUUUAUAAACGUUUUCUUCAGAGUGAAUUCCAUUCUACUAUAGCCUUUUUGCUCCCGCCUGUCCUCCCUGCCCGCCACCUGCCCCCCUCCCAGCCCCCGGCCUUCUCUCUUGUGUUUGACUGUUUGUAGCUUUGUAAUCUUUGCCGAGACACUAUCUACGGGGGAACAGAAUUUCCUGCUUUUGUUUCCUAUGCCAGUCGGACCACUGGCGCGCUCUCAAAAGCAUUCCCGCUCCCUUUCAAAAAUGCCCGAGAGUGGAGGAGGGAAAGGCAGAGGGAGGGCACCAGCUGUGCUCUGCUAUUGUUUCCCUUAGAGAAAAGCGGCUAGUCUCCCCCCCCCAACUUGGAUUCCACAAAGCCGUACAAUAGCACGGCUUCCAAAAUUAGCAGCACUGGCUUUUCCAAGGCUGGGCGUGCUCUCCCCAUCAGUAGUAGCUGCACUGCCCAUAUAUUGAGGCGAAGGGUACCCUUGGGGGAAGGGGGGGUGGGGUCGAGGGGAGAACUCUGUUUUUCAAUAGAAGAUUUGUUUCAAGUCAACAGCGCGGCUAUUUUUUUCCUUGUCUGUUUAACCUUUGCGCAAAUGCAACCCCCACCCUAGCCUGAUAAAAUUCCAGAGAACAGGGGAUGGAAGAGGGUCAGGGAAGAGCCUAGCAGGCCCUAACGCAUGAAUAAGAGAUACAGUUUUGCUCCAGUGACUAAUCUUUCACAUUCCCUUGGGAAGUGGGGUGUUGCCUGUGGGAAGCCCGAAAGCACAUCAGCACUUGCCCCACUUGUGAUUCGCACUGCCUCUGACAGUGCAGCAGAACCUAUGCAUUUGUCUCCUUCAUGCAUUUGUCCAACCCUCUUUUAGGUAAAGGUAAAGGGACCCCUGACCAUUAGGUCCAGUCGUGGCCGACUCUGGGGUUGCGGCGCUCAUCUCGGCGUACAGCUUCCGGGUCAUGUGGCCAGUAUGACUAAGCUGCUUCUGGCGAACCAGAGCAGCGCACGGAAAUGCCGUUUACCUUCCCACCAGAGCGGUACCUAUUUAUCUACUUGCACUGGUGUGCUUUCGAACUGCUAGGUUGGCAGGAGCAGGGACCAAGCAAUGGGAGCUCACCCCGUCGUGGGGAUUCGAACCGCCGACCUUCCGAUCAGCAAGUCCUAGGCUCUGUGGUUUAACCCACAGUGUCACCCGUGUCCCUAUAACCCUCUUUUAAAGUCAUCCAAAUUUCUUGAGGGAGCGAGUUCCAUAGUUUAAGGAGGUGCUGUGUGAAAGUACUUUCUUUUGUCUGUCCUGCAUCUCCCAACAUUUAAUUUCAUUGGCUGUCCUCUAGUGUUGCGAGAGAGGGAGAGAAAUAUUUGUUUUAUUUAUAUCCCCUGCCUUUCUUACGUCACAUAACCCAAAGCCGUAUGCAUGUAGUUCCCAGGAGGUUUCUCAUUCAAGCACUCACCAGACCCUGACCUGCUUAGCUUCCUCAAGGUGGUUAAUCUCACGCCCCUUCACGCCAUCCCCUGGGAUACUGAUAUUGAAUCCCAUGUAGAAAAUUUGUGGCUGUGGUUCAUUUGGCCAUAAAGAUGUCUGCUGGUGGUGUAUGUGUGUGGAAAGCUUGUUUUCAUUCUGUGUUCCAUAGACAAACACAGGCCAUCAGUUCCCUGAGCCUCACAAUCCACAUGAAUACCAUAAUAUUGGCACCUGUCCUGAUUCCCCUUACAAAGUGAGUAGUUCAAACAAGGAAAGACCUGCAGCUGAGCAGGAUCUAUCAUCAAAAAUUGCCAUUGUUCUAGACUCUAGAGGGACUGGUAGCUCCAGGGAAAGUCUAGGAGGUGUGACGGGAAUUGCUCUCUCCAGCAUUUCCUAUGGGAAAACACAUGGGUGUGCUCAUAGGGAACUGAAUUGAAAGCUGGCAGGCCUUUCCAUCUCUUGCAGGCUACCCUCAGUGCCUAAAAUUUAACAUAUGCUUGUGUUAGGAAUAAUGAGGUCCGAGGUACCAAGUAAGCUAGUAAGUUUAUUCAUGUAUACCACUACAGCAGCGAGAAUCCUAUACGCACAGAGAUUAGUACCUACAAAGAAGGAGCAGCAGAUGAAAUGAAUGGAAUAUCCAGAAUUAGCAAGCUUAACCACCAAAAUUAGAGAGCAAGAAGAGAAAAGUUUUAAAGAGGAAUGGAAGCCAUUUGUAGACUACCUUAAAAACGUUGUGAAAAUGUUAGAACUUUAGUCAGUUUGGAGUAAACUCAGCAGUUAUAGUUUAUAAUGAGAAGAAUUUGAAUGUUUAAAUAGUUAGGAAAAAUAUGCAGCAGGAAUGGGAAACUUUAGGGAGUCAUGGAAGGAUGGACAGGAAAUAGAUGGAAUAGAAUUAUGGAUGGAUGUAAUGUAUCUAUCCUCCCCCCUUUUAUUCUUCUGUUUCUUUCCUUUUUUCUUUUAUUCUUCAGUUCUAUAUUUUGUGAAUUUUUUUUUUUUUAAAAAAACUAACAUAUGGUUUUCUUUCUCUGUGAGCCAGUGAGAUGGGAAGAACUGCAUACCUCAUUUGUGGAGCACAUGCUUAGCAUGCAAAGGAUCCCAGGUUCAGACCCUAGCCCCUCCACUCAAAAGAAUAAAAUAGCAGAUGAUGUAAAAGAUCUGCACCAGUCCCUAAGAGUCUGAGAGUUGCUGCCAGUCAACCCAUUCUGGGUUGUGCUAUACCAGUCCCAGCUGCACCAGUACAGUAGGUUCGGAAUAUGGUUUUUCCACUAUAUGUUACAGGUUUGUUGAAGUUUUUGUGUUGCUCUUUCAGAUGGCACAAUAGGUGCUUCCUUAUUUAGAGGCUGCAAUAUUUGACUGGUCUUUGUUGCGAUUCAGUCUGCAGGUUGCUCUCCAGCUACUCUCCACUCUCCAUUUUGCGCAAAAGCCUUUUUUUCCCAGGCAGAGAAAGACUGGGGGAAUUGCUGUAGAACAAUUUACAAAACAAGUAACAUGCAUGGUAUUUUGGAAUGCUAGAGGAAAAAAUCUUAGUAAUUUGGGAGGUAGAUAUGGUGUAACAUUAAAAUUCUGCUAGCCGAUAACAUCUCCAAAUAUUUUAAAAACAUGUUUCCUGGAAUGUAGAGAAAUAUAUUUUAAAGUUAACGUCUUUGGCACACUGCUUGUUACUUAAUUCCAUGGAAGUGGCUCGGGGCUUGCUCACUGCUGCUCUGUAAAUUACACCAUGUUCACAUGAAAUGAGUAGCAUUUUCCAUUUCAACCAUUCAAGGGUAUGCUGCUGAGAUAUGCAUACUCUUAAAGCUGUUUAUUUGCCACAAUCCCAAUUUUGUGAAAGUUGGCAUCUGGUACAGAAUGUGGAUUCCUAAUAGAAUAACAAAAUCAUAGAAUAGUAGAGUUGGAAGGCACUAUGAUGGUGAUCCAGCCCAACCCCCUGCAAUCUUUUGCCCACAACUCUGAGAUUAAGAGUCUAGUGCUCUACCAACUGAGCUAUCCAACAGCUAGCUUUGUCUUUACAGUGGUGCCCCGCAAGACGAAUGCCUCGCAAGACGAAAAACUCGCUAGACAAAAGGGUUUUGCGUUUUUUGAGUCAUUCCGCAAGACGAAUUUCCCUAUGGGCUUGCUUCGCAAGACGAAACGUCUUGCGAGUUCUUGCGAGUUUGAUUCCUUUUUCUUAAAGCCGCUAAGCCGUUAAUAGCCGCUAAGCCGCUAAACCGUUAAUAGCCGCUAAGCCGCUAAUAGCCGUGCUUCGCAAGACGAAGAAACCGCAAGACGAAGAGACUCGCGGAACGGAUUAAUUUCGUCUUGCGAGGCACCACUGUACUUUUAUUUAUUUUUUAAAGCUAUGUUUCUUGUCUUUCUGACAAUUGCAAUGUACAUUUGCAGGGUUACGUUUAUAAAAGAAUCCCAUUAUUGAAGAGGUAGAGAUUCCUUGCUUGGCGUGACUGUGCGUCUUCCUUGUGGCCCCUGAUCAAGUUCCUUUACAUUUCUAUUGCCUUUCUAAGAUUUAUCUUCGCUCCCUGCACUUUCAUGCUCGUUCUCUCUGUGUGUGAUUGGCAAAUAUACAGAAUAAAGCAUGGAGACUCAGCAAGUCCCUGGAAAAUAAACCAAUUUAUAUACAUUUGGUUGGUUGGGAGAGAGGCUGCAGUUUAUGGAGGUUUUACUGGAAAGCGUAUGAACUAUCCUACACACUCCCAGAACUACACUCAUUGCAAUUAACCCUCAUUGACCUUCCUAAUGAUUACCCUAAGGAGACACAGUAGUAAUUUACCUGCACUAGCGUCUCUCCUGUCUCCACCUUUUAAAUUAUGUUUAUCUCCAUGUACAUACUUUGAUAAUGUAACCUUUCCACUGCAUUACUGUCAAUUACAGUUUAUGUGUGUGUGUUUUCUUUUGCAGAAGAAGAUAACUCCACUUCAUACCUGAAUACUACCAGAAUACAUCCUGGUCAAAAUCCUGUUUCUUUUCUCCGAGGGAGACGAAGUCUAGGUAAGUUGCAGUCAUGAUAUAUCUAAUCUAUGUGAGGGAAUUUAAGCACAAGGCUGGCACUGUAGACACCAUGAACCAAAUGUGCAUCACUGUGUCUUUCUCUUCAGGUAAUAUGACAGCUUUGUGAGCUUUCUUAUAACUUUAGGUGCCAUCCCAUCAAAGCCAGCUUGGUGUAGUAGAUUGUGUUGCACUAGGAGCUGGAAAAGUUGAGUUCCAGUCCCUUUCUGCCUCACCUACUUCACAGGGUUGUUGUGAAGAAGGACAGGGUUACAAAUGUGGUUAGAUAAAACAGAUACCUUUUACACGGGAUAGUAUUCAUUUGGUGUUGCAAUUCCAGAGACGUAAGGCUACAUGCUUGAGGUCAACUCCUAAAGUUGUGGGUGAGGGCCAACAAAGCUUUACUCAGAGUAGACCCAUUGAAAUUGAUGGACAUGGCCGGGUUAGGCCCAUUCAUUUCCAUGUGUCUACUCUGAGUAAAACUUUAGUUGACUACCACCCUGUUUCUCUGACCUUGGGAAUUUAGCUGAGAGAUAUGGGGUGGUGUCCAGCAUUCAUCACACUCAGAGCAGACACAUUGUUUGUUGCUCUGAACUGCUUUGGGAGGCAGUGCAGGAAAGAAAUAUAAUAAAUAAUGGGCAUUAUGAACUUAGGUCCAGUAAUUUCAGUGUGUCUGCUCUGAGUGCAGCUAAGUUGGAUACAACCCCUGAGAUUCUAAUUCCUUAAAAGAAAGCUCAACACUCAGAUUCUGCAAUGGAAAAACCUGAAGUUCUGCAGUUGGAAUGAAACAGAAACAGGGUAUUGGUGAUUGUGUUUUUAAGGAGUUUUCAUAGAAUUGUAAAGUUGGAAAGGGCCCCGAGGAUCAUCUAGUCUAGCCCCCUGCAAUUCAGGAAUAUGCAGCUGUCCCAUAUGGGGAUUGAACUUGCAACCUUGGUGUUAUUAGCACCAUGCUCUAACCAACUGAGCAAUCCAGGUGUUCAGUGCAGAGGGGCAAAUAUCAGGGGCUUGAAGAACGACGCAGUUCUGUGUUGCCUGAAAUAACCUCCACUCUUUGACAAUUGCAAGAGACUUACCAAGGCUCCUAGUAGCUUCUAAGGAUGUGUGAGAAAUUACCCCCAGUUUCCCCACACCUUUCUCCAUAAACAUGAAUUUGUACUUUCUAUAGCCCUGCCAUCUCACACAAGGCCAAUAUGUCAGUGCAACAGUGCUCUUGAUUCCGCAGAUCAUGAUGUGGGUAAUAUGAGAUACCCAUUAAAACUGGACAGGCAGUUGAAUGGAAUAGGGAAGAAUAUAGUCCUUGUUGAUUAAGCCAAUAGCUUUUCUUAUUGGAUCUUUCCAGUUGGAGGAGAACCUGUGGAGCCAGCAGUAAUUGCAGAGUGCAAGACACGGACAGAAGUCUUUGAAAUCUCCCGGACUAUGGUGGAUCCCACCAACGCCAACUUCCUGGUGUGGCCGCCAUGUGUGGAAGUGCAGCGGUGCACAGGCUGCUGCAAUACCCGAAACAUGCAGUGCCGCGCCACGCGGGUCCGUGAGCGCCACAUCCAGGUAGACAAAGACAAAGGCCUGCUUUGGGAGGCGGGGGAGUGAAGUUUACAUGGGGAAGCAACAGCCUGCUGAAAGUGUUGUCUUUGUACUUUCAUUAUGCUCUUCUUGCAUAUUUCUUACUAAAGUGAGUCUCCAGUGCUAAAGGAAACUAAAUCCAGUAGCACUGGCCCUGGAACUUUUCAUCCCAUGAAGACGGGAAAAUGUGUAACAUGAUGCAUCUUUGUAAUAAUGCAAAAGGCUCCUUCCUGCGGCCUUUAUAUCAAGGCAGAAGUGUAGAUUUUAAGGCUGCCACCUUAGAGCACACUUACUAGGGAGAAGGUACCAUUUGACACAAUGGAACUUACUUUGUGAGUUAGUAAGUGGAACUUACCUACCAAGUAAGCAGCACACGUAGAAUUGCAGUGCAUGCCUUUGUUUUUAAUCAUUUGAUACACGUGAGGGGGAAUGACUUAAUAGGACUAUUGGAAAAAACGUUAAAACUCACAGCUAAGGGUAGCACUGGGACACGGGUGGCACUGUUGGUUAAACCACAGAGUCUAGGACUUGCCAAUCAGAAGGUCAGCGGUUCGAAUCCCUACGAUGGGGUGAGCUCCCGUUGCUCGGUCCCUGCUCCUGCCCACCUAGCAGUUCAAAAGCACGUCAAAGUGCAAGUAGAUAAAUAGGUACCGCUCUGGCGGGAAGGUAAACAGUGUUUCUGUGCGCUGCUCUGGUUCGCCAAAAGUGGCUUAGUCAUGCUGGCCACAUGACCCGGAAUCUGUACGCCGGCUCCCUCGGCCAGUAAAGCGAGAUGAGCGCCGCAACCCCAGAGUCGUUCACGACUAGACCUAAUGGUCAGGGGUCCCUUUACCUUUACCCUUUAAGGGUAGUACCGGGAGAUCUGAAGAUGCUGACCUGUUCUUCUUUACCAUGCCAGUGCACUUGCUCUUCCAGCAAAUACUCCAUUAAGCCAGCAGCUCCUCCUCAUUCUCUUGUCUGGAUGUGCUGUAAGCGGAUACUUGCCAGCUGACCUCUCAUUCUGAUCCUGCUAAAUAUCCAGCCAAUAAGUGAUCUCUGCACUUCCUCCCAGACAAAUGACUUUAAAAAUCAUUUAAAAAUACAAUGCAGAUUCCCUUGGUUGACCUAUGCAUGAGGGAGGAUUCCAGGGGUCUUCCAUAGUAAGAAGGCACGGGGGUGGGAAGAUAUUACACCAUACAUUUGCCAGGAAAUUCCUUUCUCUAGAAAGUCACACUGAAUAGAGAGAAUGAAAUGGGGCCGCGGGGAGGAAGAAGAAAGCAGCAGAGGGAGUUGUUUUCGUGGAAAAAAAAGCAAACCAGAGGUCAAAGGGCAGCCAAGAAAAUGUGACCUGGAAAUGCUUCCUCUGAAAAUAGAGGUGCCUGCAUUGUUUGGUUGGAAAUGUUUGUCUAGCCAGAAGCAUGUUUCCUGACGUGUGCAGAGCGGUGCAUUAAGAGAAAAAAUGGUCGUGGUGAAGCCUUCAGGCAGGAAACAGCUCUAUGCUCAGUGGUAACUUCCAAUUGCCUUCAGCAGAGUUACCAUCUCUUCCAGAUGUAAGCAGCAGUUAUUACUUGGACUCCCUGGUCCUAUAAUCAGUUGUGGCACAUGAAUUGAGUGCCACCAGUGCUUGGGUGUUUUUUAGGGGGCACUCAAGGGCAUGCAGUACCGGCACCUCUUUUGUUGUUGUUGUUAAGAAGUUUGGCACUUACUUUAACAACUUCAUGGUGAGUACCGGCACCUAUUUUUCUAGGAAAAAAAGUAUGAGUACCACCACUGUGCCACCUUCCUGUCUGCAGUGGUGCUGCCAUGCACCAGGAGUGUGAUGAAGCGCUGCAGAGGGGCAGCGAGGGCAGGGAAGUAUCCUGUUGCCGGCUGCAGGUGUAAAUGCCGCUGCACUUGUGCACACUGCUGUUGCCCUGCCCCAUUCUGCUCCUAGCAAGCAGCAGCAAUGCUACAGCUAUCUGGAGUGACAUGGACCUAUUCGCUGUGCAGAUAUCAUUUUGCAACGCACCUGCUCUGCACUUGUGAAACACAAUGUGGCAGGUGGACAGGCACAGAUGGAUGGGUGGCCUUUGUUUCAAAGAGGUUGGGCUGAAUGCACUCUCCAUCUCUUCCAUUCCUGUGGACCCAACUUAUCCCGAUAUAGGAUCCGACAUGGCAAGCUUGACAAUUCCUAGAUCAUGGUGCAUCUCACAAUGCACUUUCAUGAUUACUGGGUUGGUUUCAGAAAAAUGAUCCUGAAGGCCCAAGAAAGUGAUUUUGGUACUUAUAAAGAACUUUGCUGUAUCCGUAUUUCACAUAAGCUGCAAAGGGCUUCAAAAUGUAUAUAAAUAUAUAACAUCAAUGGUGCUGGUUGAUCUGAAGUUAAUAUUUUAUAUAUACACACAUGACAGAUUUGUGUUGUUUUUAAUCUCUUCCAAUAGGUAAAUAAGAUUGAAAUUGUCCGAAAGAAACCAGUCUUUAAUAAAGCCAUUGUGGCCUUGGAAGACCACCUGGAAUGUCGAUGUGAAGCAGUAUCACCCAGAGUGUUCAGCCGGCCAAACUCACGAGAGCAUAGAGGUGAGCACUACAGAGGGUUGGAUGGGUGGGGAAGAGUCAGAAGUAACGUCAGGGAAGGCGUUUGGGAAGAGAAGAAUUUGAUUAGCAAUCUCCAUGAGCUGCUGCCUGCCAGUGUGUAUUUCAUGCGCCUUCCUUUCCUAGCAGGUGGGCCGCCACUGAGCACUCGGGCUUCUCUUCCAGCAAGGGCACGAGCGCACCGGUUGCCACCACAAAAGAGGAAGCAUCGGAAGUUCAAGCAUGUGCACGAUAAGAAGGCCCUGAAAGAAAUCUUCCCAGCAUAG